UUUAAAUGAUGCAGCCUCCUGUGUGCUGCCAGUCUGUCAGAGACUCAGAGACAGGCAGUCAGAGACAGAGAGUUGACUCAGAGGAGGAGACAUCUUCACAUCGUUCACUUGACUUCAGACACUUUCAUUUCACCACACAAUGGACUUAUUCAACUCAGCGCUCGGUAAAAACAUCACUUUUAUGCAUCCGGCCUAUUUCAUUAUAACUGGUUUGUCUGGCAUCCCCAAUAUAAGACACUACUAUGUCUUUCUCUUCUUUGUUUAUAUUGUGUCAGUGCUGGGAAACACACUUGUAAUGGCUUUGAUAUACUUAGAUCCUAAACUUCGGACCCCAAAAUAUGUUGCAGUGUUCAACCUUGCGUUUGUGGACCUGUUUGGGAACACUGCCUUGGUGCCUAAAGUUCUGGACAUUUUUUUGUUUAACCAUCCACAAAUCCCUUACAAUGACUGUCUGACUUUCCUUUUCUUCUGCUACACCUGUCUGUGCAUGCAGUCCUUGAAUCUGGUUGCCCUCUCCUAUGACAGACUGAUAGCUAUUACUUAUCCACUGCACUAUCAAGUGAAGGUAACCCAUAAAUUUAUGCUGUAUUUGAUUGCAUCUUUUUGGGUCUUUUCUAUCAUUGCUGUCCUCAUUGCUGUCGGCCUCAUCACCAGACUCUCCAUCUGUGAGUCUGUAUUUGUUAACAGCUAUUUCUGUGACCACGGUCAGAUUUACCGCCUGUCUUGCAACGACCACUAUCCCAAUUAU